GGUCCGGGAGCUGUGCUCGCGCCCCCAGCGCGCCAGUCCCGGGGCUGCAGGGAGCGCAGCGCGCGCCGCCGGGGCCCCGGCCACCGGACGCCCUACCGGACACGACCCUCCCUGGAGCUUGGACAACUGCCCACCUCGACACUGCACCGGACACUGCCCCCCACAGGGCUGGACACUACAACGGACACUACUUCCCAGCUCCGGACAUUGCUCCCUGUUCCCCCCAGGCCCUGGACUCCUUUCCCCCCUCCCCCUACAGGGGCCCAGACGUUGAGCCCAUCGCAGGCUCUAGCCUGCGUCCCCUAGCACCCUAGCCCUAGACAUUGCCUCCUCCCUGUCCCCUCUCUCCCACCUCCUCCUCCCGCCUCAUCUUUCUCCCGUUUGGGUCGGAGCCCCGCCAGUUUCUCCGAUCCCCUGCUGCUUGGCCUCGGCUGCCUGGGCCCCCAUCCCCCGUCUGCUCGCCCGGAUGCCUCUCCCGGGGGGGUUGUGGUGGCUCCUCUGCUGCCGUCGAGGCUUCACUCUUCUGCACCGGGACUAUGGUGACGGCGAGCUUAGCGGGGACGGGGACGAGGACGAAGACGAGGAGACCUUUGAGCUACGGACCCCGAGUCCAGCGGGCGGCGGGAGGAGUCCCCUGGAUGUAACACUGACUCAGCCUGUGAGGAGCGCUGCAGUCUCUGACAGGCUGCAGAGCUGGGAGGAGACUUGGAGCCUCAUUCCCGAAAAGGGUCUGCCGGAGGAUGACCCUGACAUCGUUGUGAAAGGUUGGCUGUAUCGCGAGCCCCGCGGAGGAGGGGCACGGCCAUGGCUGCCCCCUCGCCGAGCCUGGUUCGUGCUCACUCGAGAUUCUCUGGACCACUUCAGCAGCAAUGGGAAGGGUGCUCGGCGCCUCGGGAGCCUUGUACUCACCAGCCUGUGCUCAGUCACUGGCCCAGAGCGCAGGCCCAAGGAGACUGGUCUGUGGUCAGUGACUGUGUCUGGCCGGAAACACAGCGUCCGCCUCUGCUCCCCCCGCCAGGCAGAGGCUGAGCGCUGGGGGGUAGCCUUGCGCGAAGUGAUCUCCUCAAAGGCUCCGCUAGAGACCCCCACCCAGCUAUUGCUCAGGGACAUACAGGAGAGUUGCGGGGAUCCAGAGGCGGUGGCCCUCAUCUACCGUCGGAACCCGAUUCUGAGGCAUACCAGUGGAGCCUUGUAUGCCCCACUUCUGCCCCUGCCCUAUGGAGUCAGUGCCCCAGGUCCUGGCUAUGCACCCUUGAGAGAGGAGGCGGUAAGGCUGUUCCUUGCGCUCCAGGCACUGGAGGGGGCAAGGCGCCCUGGGCCCCUGAUGCAGGGUGUGCUCCAAACCUGUCGGGACCUGCCUGCACUCCGGGAUGAACUCUUCCUGCAGCUGGCUAAGCAGACCUCAGGCCCUGCAGGUCCUCCUGGGCUCCCUGCUACCCAAGACCCUGCAACCCUGCGGUACUGGCAGCUCCUCACCUGCAUGAGCUGCACCUUCCGGCCUGGGGGAGCUGUUCGGGGGCACCUCCUAGGGCAUUUGGAGAGGACUGAGCAGGCACUGCCGGACUCGGAACUAGCGGAAUAUGCGCGCUUCAUCAGGAAAGCUCUGGGCCGGACGCGAGGCAGAGAGCUGGUGCCAUCGCUGGCAGAGAUUUCCGCACUGAGCCAACGACAGGAGCUGUUGUGCACGGUGCACUGUCCAGGGGCUGGUGCCUGCUCUGUGGCCAUUGACUCUCACACAACAGCAGGGGAGGUGGCUCGAGAGCUGGUGGGGCGGCUGGGUUUGGCCCGGAGCCGCAACGUCUUUGCGUUGUACGAACAGCGCGGCGCCCAGGAACGAGCGCUGGCUGGGGGGACCCUCGUGGCCGACGUGCUCACCAGGUUUGAGAAUUUAGCCUCAGAGGAAGCCGGACUGGAAGACUCGCUGGACUCUGGGUGGAGACUGUGUCUGCGUCUUCACGGACCUCUGCAUCCUGAGGGACUAUCCCCAGACGGUCACGAACUGCCUUUCCUCUUUGAGCAGGCUCACGCUCUGCUGUUGCGCGGCCGGCCGCCACCGCCCGACGACACGCUGCGCGCCCUGGCGGCGCUGCGCCUGCAGAGCCUGCACCGAGACUUCUCCCCGCGGGUGCCCCUGCCUCGCCUAGACCGCCUGCUGCCGCCCCCCAUCCCGCCGUGCGAAGUUCAGCCCCGCCCAACUCCCAGGCCGCCGCCCUCAGCCGCCCUGCUGGCCGGGGCACUCUGGAGCCCCAGCCUGGCCAAGAGGCAGGCGGAGCGGGCUCGACGCAGUGGGGCCUGCCGCACAGCGGGAAGCGCAGCCCCGGAGGGAGGAGGCGGAGGCGCCCGCACCGCUGCUGCUGUGCUGGGCGGCUGGAAGCGGUUACGGGGCAUGGGCCGAGCUGAGGCCAUGGCUGCCUACCUGGCUCUGGCGGCGCAGUGUCCGGGGUUCGGCGCUGCUCGGUAUGACGUUCUGGAGCUGAGCACGGAACCUGGUGGAGGUGCUCCACAGAAGCUAUGCCUGGGUCUGGGAGCCAAGACCAUGUCCCUCUCCCGGCCUGGUGAGACAGAACCCAUCCACAGUGUCAGCUAUGGUCAUGUGGCCGCCUGCCAGCUAAUGGGUCCCCAAACCCUAGCAUUGAGGGUAGGCGAGAGUCAGCUCCUCCUGCAGAGUCCCCAGGUGGAAGAGAUCAUGCAGCUGGUGAAUGCCUACUUGGCCAACCCCUCCCCCGAGAGGCCCUGCGGCAGCUCUGCUCCUCCAUGCCAAGACCUGCCAGACACCUCCCCUCCCAGCCAGCACCAAGGCCUGGAUGAGCCCCAGGGACAGUCUGGCUUCUUGGGGCAGCUGCAGGACUGAGCCUGCCAAGAGGUCAUGACUCCCCUCUUCCCUCCAGCCUGGGCCAGGACUACUCUGAGAUUUGAGGAGACCAUGGACCCUUUUGGCCCUGCAGGGACAGGGCAUAGACCCCACACCCAAGGUCUGAAAUGGGUGUGGACAAUUUUAUAGUUUGUUUCUUAAUUUAUUUGUAGAAGAGAAGCAAAAAAAAAAAAUCCUUAUUUACACAAA